CGCUGCAUCUCUAGACGACAGUCGCGGUUUUCAAUCUGCUAAGAUUUGGCACUGAUGCAGGGGGAUUAUAUCUUGUCUGUGUUGGUACUCUGACUUUUCCAAGUCUGCUCGUGGCUUCACACAACAUCCUUCACCCGAUAACUCGAUCAUUCAAGGGCCGCAGGAAGACUACAAGCUUGUAAUUUAUUCACUUCUACGAAAGUACAUACUAUAACCUCACCCUUCUCUCGAGCUCCCCUACUGUCGACCCGAGGAUAACGUCUCGCCAUUCCGAUUCUCAGUUCAUCGUUCAAUGUCCUUUGCUGGACAAUAUACAUCUUUAAUUCAUUUGAUCGUCUACCGCUGUGAUAGACAUCUUCCUUGAUGAUAAUGGGUCCCCUCCGUCUCCGGGUCGAUGGCCAAACGUUUAGGGAUCCGCAAAACCGAGAGGUCACUCUGAGAGGAAUCAACGUUGCCGGCGAGGCCAAAUAUCCCAGGAACCCUAAUACACCUUCCUAUGUGUCCGAAAAUUUCUUCGACGCCGAUAAUGUUUCGUUUGUGGGCCGGCCUUUCGCCCUCGAGGAUGCGCAUACACAUUUUGCAAGGUUGAAGAAAUGGGGCUACAAUACUAUCAGAUAUAUCUUCACCUGGGAAGCGAUAGAACACGCUGGUCCUGGUAAAUAUGACCAUGAGUGGAUCUCGUUUACUAUUGAGGUUCUUCGAAUCGCGAAGAAGUACAAUUUCUAUGUUUUUAUGGACCCUCAUCAGGAUGUGUGGUCCAGACUUUCCGGGGGGUCAGGUGCACCGAUGUGGACUCUGUAUGCAGCAGGGCUCAACCCCCAGUCCUUCCAGAAAACCGAAGCAGCUUUGGUUCAGAAUACCUAUAGGGACCCCUCUCAAUUCCCAAAAAUGAUAUGGAGUACCAACUAUACCCGGCUUGUCAGUCAGGUCAUGUUCACCAUAUUUUGGGGAGGACGUGACUUCGCCCCCAAGGCUAUUAUAGAUGGUGUGAACAUUCAGGACUACCUCCAAGGACAUUUCAUUGCAGCAUGCAAAUAUCUCGCCCAGAGAAUCCACGAAGCUGGCGAUAUUGAGAAUGAUGUUGUCAUCGGAUGGGAAAGCAUGAAUGAACCGCAUCGAGGACUCAUUGGUGUGCAAGAUAUAUCAGUUAUUCCCCCAGAGCAACAGCUUCAGUUAGGAACAUCACCAACGGCUUUCCAAGCCAUGCUGACAGGUUCCGGCCGAGCAUGUGAGCAGACCACUUGGGGAUUCGGCAGUUUUGGCCCGUAUAAGACCGGUAGGGAACUAGUGGAUCCAGAAGGUGAAUCCGCAUGGUUACCAGCUAGUCAUGAUGACAGUAAAUACGGAUGGAAGAGAGACCCCGGGUGGAAGUUGGGAGAGUGCCUAUGGGCACAGCACGGCGUAUGGGACCCAUCGUCGGAUACGCUCCUGCAGAAGGACUACUUUUCGAAAAAGCCUACAACUGGGGAGCCUCUAGACUAUGAAAAGUUCACCAACACCUACUUCUUGGAUCAUUACCGCACUUAUAAAGAUGCCAUCAGAAGUGUAUGGCCAGGGUCAAUCAUGUUCUGUCAGCCCCCAGUCAUGGAAUUGCCUCCCGAUGUAAAAGGAUCAAUUGAUGAUGAUCCCAAUAUGGUUCAUGCUGUGCACUACUACGAUGGUCUCACUCUCCUCACAAAGCAUUGGAACCGGCUUUACAACGUCGAUGUUAUUGGCGUUCUUCGGGGUAAGUAUCUUACGCCAGCAUUUGCCGUCAAAAUUGGGGAGUCGGCAAUUCGAAAUUGCUUGCGUGACCAGCUUAAAUUCCUCCGGGAUGAGAGUUUGCGAUAUAUGGGGAAGCACCCAUUGAUAUUUACCGAGAUUGGAAUCCCGUACGACAUGGAUGACAAGUAUGCAUAUAAAACGGGUGAUUAUAGUAGCCAAACCAGUGCCAUGGAUGCGAACCAUUACGCCCUAGAAGGCAGCUCCUCGAACGGCUUUACAUUAUGGCUCUAUACCACACAGAAUGACCAUGAAUGGGGUGAUCAGUGGAACGGAGAGGACCUGUCGAUUUUCUCACUCGACGACCCUGAACUACCGAGCGGGAAGCUUUUGCCUGGAAACGAGUCCCAAGCCCAGUUUGAUCCUCACUCGCCCGCGUAUUCAGAAAGUCAAAGCAAUACCGAAGGCCAACAGGUAGGACCCGGAAACCUGAAGCACGCUCUGCAGUCGCCUUCAAUAUCAUCAGAUUACUCUCAGUCAUCAAAAGACAAAGCCGGGUAUCGGGCUGCUGAAGCUUAUAUCCGCCCGAGUCCGAUUUUCACCAAUGGCCGGGUCUCGAGCUAUCUGUUUGAUCUCAAAAACUGUACAUUUACGCUGUCAUUAGUGGCCAAAGCAGGGACCCCACAAGAUGCACCGACAGAAAUAUAUCUACCGGAGUUCCACUUCCCGCAGACAGAAACCGUUGUCACUGUCAGUGUUGGAAAAUGGGAUAUUGAUCUUCUAGAAACCAACUCGAUCAAGGUCCAACGUCUCCGAUGGUGGCAUGCUGAGGGCAAUCAGGAUAUCAAGAUCCAGGGUGUGAAGCGCAAGCCGGGAGAGGCAUCCAAUGCUCCCGGAGACGAUAUCUCUUAUCUUGAGCAAUGCCAAAAGGGAGGGUGUACAAUUAUGUAAACCUCUUUGGGUCCCGAUUUGGAUGCUUUUUAUUUUCUCAUUCUUCAUCGUUUUUGGCGUCUUUUCGAUUGGGUUGCCUCGAGGGCUUCUUGGAUAGUAUUCCGUGAGAGCAGGAGGGUGUUACAAUGUUAUAUUUGAGCAUUUCAAGAUUCAAUAUGAAACUACUACAUAAUUUAGUACCUCACCGUCAAUCUGCGUAUACUAUUUUACAUCUAAUUGGCUUCGUGGGCUUACAUGCCGUCCAAACUCGCAGCUACAUAGGUAAUCUAUGGACUUUAUCUGAUUUGCU